AUGGUCAAACAUCAUCUUAUGAUCGGGACAUGGACACCCCCGGGCGUCAUCAUCACAGUCGCAUUCGACGAAGAGACGCUGAAGCUGGAAUUGGUGAAGAAGACAGAAAUCCCCGAGGACGAGCCGAUCAGCUGGAUGGCAUUUGAUCACACGCGCAAGCACAUCUACGGCUCGUCGAUGAAGAAAUGGAGCUCCCACCAAGUCAACAGUCCCAGCGAGAUUGUGCAUACGGGAAGCUUCCCUCUGGGCGGACACGCCAGAGCAAAUGAUGCCGACACCAAGACACGCGCCAUCUUCCUCCUACCCGGGAAAAAGCCCCCGUAUGCUGUCUACUGCAACCCCUUCUACGACCACGCUGGCUUUGGCAAUGUCUUCUCCGUCGACGAAUCCGGGCGCAUGAAGGAGAACAUCCAAAACUACGAGUACUGCGACAAGACGGCCAUUCACGGCAUGGUGUUUGACCCUACAGAGACGUAUCUGUACAGCGCAGACAUGUGGGCGAACCGAGUGUGGUGUCACAAGAAGAUUGACGACGCGGGCAGGCUGGAGACGGUAGGGUUCACAGAAGCGCCUGCACCGAAAGACCAUCCGCGAUGGGUGGAGAUGCAUCCCAGCGGGCAGUACUUGUAUGCGCUGAUGGAGGGCGGAAACAGGUUGUGCGAGUACGUGAUUGAUCCCAUCACGAAGCUGCCAAUCUACACGCACAAGACGUAUCCGUUGAUACCGCCUGACAUCCCCAAUGCCGAUACCAUGUACCGCUCCGACGUCUGCUUCCUGACCCAGUCCUCUGAAUACCUCUUCGCUACCUCCCGAUCGAACUCCUUCUCGCUCACAGGCUAUAUUGCCGCCUUUAAAAUUGCUCCCUCGGGCGCCAUUGAGCGCCAGAUCUGCCUCAAUCCUACGCCCACGUCUGGCGGGCACUCGAAUGCCGUGUCGCCGUGCCCGUGGAGUGACGAGUGGCUUGCGCUGACAGACGAUGAAAAGGGUGGGGUGGAGAUUUACAGGUGGCACAAGGAGCAUCUGGCGAGGGUCGCGAGGCUGGAGAUUGGGGAGAAGGGGUUCGGAAUGAACGCGAUCUGGUAUGAUUAG